AUGCUGACCACAAGCUCCAGCGCAAACUCGACGGGCCCUCCAGCGUACUUCGUGAUGGAGGAGGACCUCAAGCCUUGGGAGCUCUACAGCGUGAGCAGCGCUGAGGAACCCGAGACGCUGGACACGAUGGAGGUCUUCUUCACUCGCUACCGCGCAACCCGCGGGAAGGCGACCAACUUUGCGUACACACACGACGCCUGUCCUUCACGUCCUGGGUUUGAAGACCGCGAGAGCAAUAGGAGUAACCACGCUAUUGGCGAGUUGCGGGAGCACGUGUGUCAGCUGGCACAGCACGAGUGGCGAAUCUGCUACGUGCACCUUGUGGAAGGCUGUGCGAACUGCUCUGAGACUCGGGAUCGGCCGAUUCGCACUGAAUGGGAGCAUCAACUGGAGCUCUUGCCACUGAGCGAGCUGGAGCAGGCGGAGAUACGCAGGGGAUCGCGUCGAUGCCGGCGUUCGUGCUGCCGAAGUCACUCUCGGGAUCGUAGUCAUUCACAGCGACAGCAGUCACGCUCGCCGGAGCGAGCAAGGUCUCGUAGUCGUUCACCACGACAGGAACAUCUUCAAGCAGGCGACUACGUGGCUCCCACGUGUCAUCAGUGGGAGAGUGGCCAAGCCAGCGGACGCGACAAUUUUUCUCGCUACGACGAUCACGACCGCGAACAUCGCGAGGGGGAUCCUCGCGGCCACGACGCACAUCGGGGUCGACAAGUCUCUCCACGAUCCAGCGCUCGUUACCCGCCGCAUCAAAUAUUGGUGGAGGCGGAUCUCGUCGAUAGCGGCCUUCGUGAUUCAGCUUUUUCUCGUGGAGCCGAGAAGAGCGGCACAGUGGAGCGUCUGACGAUCGACCAGUAUCGCCGGAUGCGUCGGGAGGUCGACCAAGCGAGAGACGACGCACUGAAGACUCAACAGAUUGCGGAGACUGCUAAUCGGCGCGCAUACGCGGCUGAGAGGUUCGCCUCUCAGGCGGAACCGAGGCGUCGGGCGAUGAUGAGUCGCCUGCGCCAUUUGGAGACACUGGGCAGCGGAGCCAUCUCGCGAUGA